AUGAAGGCGGCAAUCGCUAUUCCGGUCACUCUGGCUAUGGUAUAUAGAGCUGGAUCGCACAAAAGUUUAACUCCAGCAGGUAUUGUUGCAGCUGUCCUCACAGCUGCCGCACACGCUUUACAUCCAUGGAAUUUACCUUUUGCGCUUUUGAUCAUAUUCUAUCUCAUUGGCACAAGAGUUACCAAGGUCAAACACGAUGUCAAGGCUAAGCUAACGGUGCAAUCUACCGGGUCUGCCGGUGGUGAAGGAGCUCGUACUCAUAUGCAAGUUAUUUCGAAUUCUGCCGUGGCCUCCGUUCUCACUCUUAUGCACGCAUAUCAACUACACAAACGAGGAAUCGAGCCAGAAUCGUCUAACGACGCAUGUUACACAUGGGGUGGUGAUCUUCUUGUUGUGGGAAUAAUAGCAAAUUACGCAGUUGUUGCGGCGGAUACCUUUAGCUCGGAACUUGGAAUCCUAUCUUCAGCCCAUCCACGACUUAUUACAUCCCCGACUCUGCGGAAAGUACCACCAGGAACAAACGGAGGCGUUACAGUUUGGGGUCUCGUGGCAGGCCUGCUAGGUUCUCUCAUUAUAGUUACUGUUUCGAUGGCUCUGGUUCCAUUCUGUAGCCCUCAGGAAUUUGCGGAAAAUGGAUGGUCCUUCUUACAGCGACAACGAUUUACCUAUGCGUUAACCAUAUGGGGAGCUCUUGGCAGUGUUGUGGAUAGCUUCUUAGGCGGUUGGUUCCAAAUGAGUGUUGUGGACACAAGGACUGGACGUAUCGUCGAGGGACAAGGUGGAAAACGCGUACUAGUCGUUGCGAGUGAUCCUAUCGGUCUGCACCAGGAAAAGACCACCCAGUCCGAUGCUUCCAAUACUCCACUUAAGUCCAGUCUCAAGCCUGGCCAUCCAAGUCGAAUCAUCGAGAACGGAUAUUUAAACAUUCUUGAUAACAAUGAGGUCAAUUUUCUUAUGGCAUUGACUAUGAGCUUGGGAGCUAUGGGUAUUGCAAGUUGGGUAUGGAAUGUCCCAUUUUCAAGCAUUUAUACUUUUUAA